AUGACGGACGGUGCGUCACGGCAGGGAGGCGCACCAGAACCGGUGACCUGCGCCACGCUGGUAACGCUUCACCUCCGCCUGCUGGAGCUGGAGGCCCAGGAGCAGCGGGGACGCGAGCGGCAGCGGAGGUUGAAGAACGCCAGCCCGACCGAGCCGAGGGUCGUCAACACCGGCAGGACUCCGUGCAGCGUGACGGUGACGCUGAAGGUACCAGAGCGGGUCCGACGACGGAGCCGACGCACGCUGGCCGCGCUCUGCGUCGACAAGGGGGGUCGGGUCGACGUGGCACGCCUCUCGGGUGGCGCGACAUAUCCCGCCGUCGUGUCGGACGUCACCUCCCACCUGCUGACGCUGGUCAUCAGGGGUCACCCAGGGAUCGCCCCGGGAGAGGUGCUAGCCGUGACGCCCAAGAUCGGUGAUCCAACCAUCGACUGGAUGCAGAAGGCUCUGAUGAGGCUGGCAUCGACGACGGACGGUCAUGUCGGCCGCAUGCGGGCCGCCCUGUUCGCCGAGGAGCCGCUGGAGAAGCGGCGGGACACGGUGGAGUUCGCGCUGCGCCAGCGGCGGCUGGCCGUCAUCCACGGCCCGCCCGGCACCGGCAAGACCACCUUCCUGGUCGAGAUCAUCCUGCAGCAUCGACGGUUGGGCCAUCGCGUGCUGGUUUGCGCGCCGUCCAACACGGCCGUCGACAACCUGCUGGAGCGACUGUGGAAGGCCGGUGCCUCUGCAGACCUGUUGCGUCUGGGCCACCCAGGACGUAUCAGGCCGUCUCUGCACCGAUUCUGCUUGGAUAGACGGGUUUGCAUGACUUCCCAACCAAAAGUUACAUCGCAAACCAUAUUGCGAAGCGCCACUGUAGUGCUCGGCACCCUUACCGGCGUCUACAACGAUCUUCUGCGGGAGGUCGGCAACAAUCCAUUCGACCUGACAGUGAUAGACGAGUGCUCGCAAGCGCUGGAGGCAGCCUGCUGGGUGGUGGCACCGUACGCGGCGAAGCUGCUGCUGACCGGCGACCACCACCAGCUGCCAGCAACCAUCCUGAGCAAGGAGGCUGCCCACCAGGGCCUGGCACUAUCGCUGAUGGAGCGCCAGGUGGCGCUGCACGGCGACGCGGCCGUGCGCAUGCUGCACACCCAGUACCGCAUGCACGAGCUGAUCCAGCGCUGGCCGUCGGAAGCGAUGUACGGUGGCCUGCUGGAGGCGGCGCCGGCCGUGCGCCGGCACCGACUGUCGCAGCUGUCGGGUGUUCGAGACACGGUGGAGACGGGCCCCGUCCUGCUGCUGAUCGACACCGCCGGCUGCCGGCCGCAGGAGACGCGACAUGCCAAGACCGGCUCACGCGGCAACGACGGCGAGGCGGGCAUCUUGGCAGCGCGCGUGGUCGCCCUGCUGAGGGACGGGCUGUCGGCCGGCGGGAUCGGCGUCAUCACGCCGUACGCACGCCAGGUGGAGCUGAUCGGCACUCGCCUGCGCCACCUCCGGCUUCCCGUCGAGGUCAGCUCGGUGGACGGAUUCCAGGGUCGCGAGAGGGAGGCCGUGCUGCUGUCGCUGCUGGUCGUCGUCUGCGACACCACCACUGUUCGGGCCGACGCAUUCAUCGCGUCGCUGGUUGAUCACAUGGUGCAGCAUGACACGUCUGAGGGUGCUCAGGAGGACCAGCGCUCGUGCGACCAGGCGCUGAUAGAGCUGGCCGGCAACCUCAGGCUCUACCACCGAGGCUGCCGGGCCUGA